ACGUAAUAAAUACACGCCAGGUGCCUGCAGUUUGGUUUACCUGAGUGAGGUGCGCUUGAAGCACCAAUAUUGGACAUUUGACACCUGAGAGGACUGCAACACUAUUCCUGUAGGUGAUUGAAAAGGGGACCUCGACAAUGAUACUAUUUUUCAUACUUGCAGUUUUCUCCUCUGCCAGAGGCCUACAGGUGACCAUUGGACAACCUACAUAUGAGGUUGCGCGAGGCGAUGAUGUCACCCUGGUGUGUAGUUUCAUUCCUGCUGCACAACCCAACCCCUCCACGUUGGUCAUCAUCACAUGGUCCAUGGAGGCUGAUAGCCCUGUUGAUCCGAAGAUUGUUAUUGCCACAUUCUACUCUAUCAAAAAUCAAGUGGACAUCAAGCCUUCCUAUAAAGACCGAGCAGAGAUGACCCAUGACAUCACUGGAGGGCGGAGCACCCUGACCCUCCGCAAGGUGUCCAUGCAGGACAACAGGCUGUGGCAGUGCAGGGUGCAGAUCCCUGGAGACGAGGAGGGGACGCCUUCCACUACCACCGAACUAGUGGUCCUUGUGGCUCCCUCUGUGCCCGUCGUCAGCGUACAGGGCGAAGCAGAGUACUGGAAAAACAUCAACCUGACCUGUGUGUCUGAGGAGGGCUCCCCCGCGCCGACUUAUAGCUGGAAAACAAACGAUGUCACGAAUACUCCCAGAGUAUUCCCACCGAGGACCACUGAGAAGAAUGGUGUUCUAUCUCUGUUUAAUAUCUCCAUGGAGACUUCCGGUUUCUUCAUCUGCACCGCGACCAACCAGGUCCGAUCUGCCAGCUCAAACUUCACCCUCACUGUCAUGCCCCCCUCCAUGAAGGUCGGGUCCACAGUAGCCAUCAUUGGAGGGGUCGUAGCUGGGGUCCUGGUCCUGGGGAUUGUCAUAUACUGCUGCAGGAAGAAGAGGAACAAAUCUAAACAGGAGAAUGUUCAAGGAGUUCCAGAAGUGGUGAAGUUCCAUGACACGCCGACACUCAACGUUGGGGCAGGUUACCGGGACGACAUACCGGAAGACAGGACUGAGGGGAGCAUCGUGCUGCAUGACCAAUACGAAACAAAAGGGGAGAUGGAUCACGAUAACCAAAGUGUUAGAACAGAUUGCAGUGAUGGCCGUAAGGAGAAGUCUGAUGACAACCGCAACAACUAUGGAGAUCAGCGCGAUCGCUAUGGUGGCAGCCGCGAUCGCCUCGACGACCAGCGCGAUCGCUAUGGUGGCAGCCGCGAUCGCCUCGACGAUCAGCAUGUUCGAUAUGGUGGCAGUCGUGAUCGUCUUGACGACCCACCUGUUCGCUUUAGUGGCAGCCGCGAUCGCCUUGACGACCCACCUGUUCGCUAUGGUGGCAGCCGUGAUCGUCUUGACGACCCGCCUGUUGUUCGCUACGGUGGCAGCCGUGAUCGUCUUGACGACCCGCCUGUUGUUCGCUAUGGUGGCAGCCGUGAUCGUCUUGACGACCCGCCUGUUGUUCGCUAUGGUGGCAGCCGUGAUCGUCUUGACGACCCGCCUGUUGUUCGCUAUGGUGGCAGCCGUGAUCGUCUUGACGACCCGCCUGUUGUUCGCCAUGGUGGCAGCCGUGAUCGCCUUGAUGACCCGCCUGUUCGCCAUGGUGGCAGCCGUGAUCGUCUUGACGACCCGCCUGUUGUUCGCCAUGGUGGCAGCCGUGAUCGCCUUGAUGACCCGCCUGUUCGCCACGGUGGCAGCCGUGACCGCCUUAAUGACCAGCAUGAUCGGUACAAUGACCAGUACGACGAAUCAUAAGAUGACCAACAUGUCCUAUUUCCAGGUUGUCCAAGGGAAUUACAGCCAUCCUCCUCAAUGCUAAUCUGCUGGUACAGGGAGCCUACUUCAGUAGUAUCCCAUGCUGGUGCACUACCUUAUAAUUUCCCCUUUGAUUCUAAUGCCUCACAAACAAUCAUUAAUGUUACUCGAUUUCCAGGCUGUUGUUAACUGCCCAAGGUGCUCAGUGAUUUGGACAUUUACUCAAUCAAAAUAAUACCAGAUCUUGGUGCACUUGAUAACUGGAAUUUGGAAAAUACAAAAAUUAUUUUAUUUGAUAGACAAACUAGGCCUAGACUUGGUCUUGGUAUUUGAUGAGCAUCCCCAUUAACUGUUGCAAAAGCAGCAGCUACUCUUUCUGGAGUCCACAAGAACAGCUCAAUAGAGACAAGAACAGCUCAAUAGACAAGAACAGCUCAAUAGACAAGAACAGCUCAAUAGACAAGAACAGCUCAAUAGACAAGAACAGCUCAAUAGACAAGAACAGCUCAAGGACAGAAGAUAAUAUGAUGAGACCAAAUUUCUAACUGAAACAUGGCCCAUGGGUCACUUCUCCACGGCCAUGUAAAGACCUGAAAGGACUGGAUCAAGAUCGGUGUCUAGGUGGUGAAGGCCUCUCUUCAACAGCUACUGUGUCUUAGUCUCCUACAUGAGGCUAACAGAAAGCUAUUACCAUGCUAUUCAGAAGAACUCCUUUCAAGGAGGUUGAUGAAUUACCUUGUGGUUGGUGUGAACCAACUGGACCUAAAUCAAGUUUUACCAUGAAAACAAGUGCCCUUGGGUUGUAUGACCCCAUGUUGAGUUGAGUAUGUGUGUAAUUAUGGAAUUGUUUUGACCCUGUGUUACAUAUUUGAAUUAUUACUUUGUGGUAAAAGUAGACAACAUCAAAUCAUUUCUUUUAUAAGGCACUGAUUUCCUGUUUUAUUUGCUAGUAAUUACUCCAAUCAAUAAAUUAACUGUAAGGUGUAUGGCAAGGAAGAACCUUAUGUAAUUACGACAUUUGUAUUAAUUUAAACGAAUCAUAUAUAUAUAUAUUUUUUUUUUAAACAAGAUAAUAAAGGGAAGAAGUGGAGGAAAAACUGAA